AUGAACUUCGGUAAGAGCCUGGAUCCGGUCAACCAAGGGCACCCGUCCACAUCCGCGAUCGUCGCAGCCAUGAUGCAAGGCCAGCGGUCACCGCCUGCUCUCACUCGUCCUCAAUGCUUCAUCGAUGUUCAAGAUGAUGGUCUCCUUCACGUCGCCGCGGCUGUUCUCCCCGACGUGAAACAGGAGCGAAUUUUCGGCUUCGCACAGCCUUUCAACUAUGAUCAGAUCUUAGACAUCCUGCGCGAACAGAACCCUGGAAGGACUUUCCAUGAGAACUACUCUGGCGAUGAGUAUCCGUUCGUCAUCAAGCCCAGAGAUCGUGCCGAGGAGUUGCUUCGCAGGUUCGGCAGGCUUGGUUGGACGUCUCUGGAAGACAGCAUCAGGAAGAACACCGAGGAUCUUUAG